CUGUUGGCCAAACUCAAAGACGCGUUUUGUUUUUUUAAUAUAUAGAAAAUAUAAACUGUUACUACAAUGAAUUUGAUGGUAUAUAUUUUCGCUGGACUUUGCUUCUUUACAGUAGAAGGUUUUGGUAAAACCAGCGGAUAUUACCAACCAGACAGGCAAACUGUAUUGCAUGGUCUCAUUCGUAUGCUAGCGGAUGUAGAAACGCCUGUUGAAACCAAGACCAUUCACGAGAACGCUGAUCACAGAUCACAUGAACUUGCUUACCAAAAGAAUAAGGAUGAAACAAAAAACACUAUUAGGAAAACCAAUCAACUCGAAACAAAGAGCAGACCAACGGAAUCUAGAGAAUUCGGCAACCAGGAAAAGAACAUGAAAGAACAGAACGUAUCACCCGUUGCUCUUUAUCUCCUUAAACGGCUCAUCUCUGGCGGAAACAGAGCUCGUGCAGUUAGAGCAGAUACAAUUAUUGGUAUCAAUAGCCGAGAUAGAUCAUUACCAUGGGAAGAAGAUUGUUCCAGUGGAUACAAACUUUGCGGGGGAUACUUCCCCAUGUGUUGCGAAAGUUUCGUAUGUUUGAAACCUUUGACACCAUGGGACAGGAAGAACGGAUUUAACAGAUGCUGGCCACACUAUUUCCAGGAUGAUGCGGACGCCAAUAAGAGUAAAUUAAAUACAAAACAGACUAACUAACUUCCUAAAUACGACUUUUUUGAAGGAAGCUAUAGCUUUACAUGUACAUCAUUUAACGUGUAGGCGCAAAUUUGAUUAUGCGUGCAAUGUUUUUCUUUUACUAUUUGGUAUUUGUUGAGCGGUUUCAUAUAUAUCUGAACUGUUUGUCCCGAAAAAAACAGAAUUUGAAGGGGAUAUACUGGAGUCGGCUUGUCCCUUGGCAAAUCAGUCUGUACUUCCAAUCAUUUGAAUGCAUCUCCUCUUAAAUUGUCAGUUGGAUAUCCUUAAAACGUAUAAAAACUGUUUGUUCACUGACAUGUAAAUAUACAUAUGGUAAAAAUAUCUGAAUUACCUUCCUAAAUAUGAAAGUUAUGAAAAACAAAUCUGCUAUGUGGGAUAGUACGAAACGGGUUUAGCACAAAAGAUGUACACAUAUAUAACUUCAUAGUAUGAGUAAAUGGCAAUUUUUCAUUAAAACAAUGUUUUUGGAAAAAUAUUUAUAUUUGUAUUUUUCAGAUGCUUUCUAAGACCUAGUGGUUUUUAAGCUUUCGCUGGACCUCGUUUUCAUUUGGUCCCUUAUCGGGGCUUUGGUCUAGAGCUCUAGACCCACAGAAGGGGGAUGGGGCCUUAGCAGUUCCAUGCUGUCGUCGGGUAGCAAUAUCUUUCAAGAACUAAAUGUUUUCAAACUUUCCACCUUUUAUAAAUUGUUAUUGAAUUGGAGGUACUC